CUGUAGUGUGAACGUGUGCGGUGUUGUGGCUCUCCACCGGACCCCAGCCACUGUGGACUUGUCGAGGGCUCAGAAUAAACAUCACAGAACAUUACAAACAUUCAGUGGCACAGAUCAACCCGCAAGAAUCACCGCAGGAAGCGACCUUCCUUCACUAGCCACGCAUCGGCUACCAAACAGGGCCGAGGAGGGAGACCCACACCAGUACCAGAUGAUGUUGAGGACGAGAACCAAGUGGUGGUGGGCGCUGGUGGUGGUGGUGGCUGCCCUGAAGCUGACGCCGACUGAUGCUGCUGAAGCACUCACUAUGGCAGAUAUUGAAGACUCGUUACUGUCCCCGACGAGCGAGCAGUAUGCCAUUUACAUCCUGCCGCAUUCUGAAGACCACAACGACGUCCACAAACGACAGGCUCUCUACCAGAGCAGUGAGGACGACUCCCAAGACGAGCCUCUUCCCGAGCCAGAGCCCACCAAGAAACAUCAUGACUCCGGCAACGAAUCGGAGGAAUCUGCCGUUCGGAACAACACAGCAGAUGGACUGGCCCGCGACCCCAGGAAGAUCUCUCACCCAGUCUCCCUGCCUAGCUACGACUCCGAGGAGCUGGAAGAUAAGAUAGAGUCCUACGCCAUUUUUCCAAAGAAGGGCACUUCAGGCAGACAACGCCCCGUUUCCAACCAUCGCCCUACACCCUCACCUGUCCCUACACCCACCACCACUUCCGCCGCCUCAUUAGCGGCUUCACCUAUCACCUGGGACGAGUCAGAAGAGACAGACUACACAUUCGGCACCAAAUAUAAGAAAAUGACUAACUCUAAAAAGCUUCUGACCAUGCCCAAGAAAACGAUGAAGGUGAUCAAGCUGUCAUCGGAAGGAGAGUUCGUACCACAGGAAGUUCCAGGAGUGAUGUUGCCUACUGAAGACGGCAGUGAGGAGGCCUUCGUGCCUGCUGACCUGCUGGAGGACACAGAGACCCUACUGACGGAGGCGUCGGCCCAACAGCCCUCCUUCCUGCCCCCUCAGCAGACACCAUACCAAUCUCCGGCACCGGCAAAGGGAAUGCCUUACCGCUUUGGGUACAUUGUUGACGAUGAGGCCACUGCCAACUUCCAGACGCGCCAGGAGCAGGGCGACGACCAGGGUGUGGUCACCGGCUGCUACCAGGUGCUGGAACCUACUGGGCUGGUGAGGACCGUCACUUACCAAGCGGACGAAGGAGGCUUCAGGGUGCUCUCCCUCACCCGAGGACCCGACAAGACUCCUUGCCCUGGUCUUGAGGACGCCACCAGCGCCCCCGCCCCCUAUGUCCCCACUGACAGCCCCCAGUACCAACCUUCCCCACAGCCGUACCCACAACCCAGCCCACAGCCCUACCCACAACCCCCACUUGCUCCAUCUUUCCAGUCUAAUGGCUUUGGCAACCAAAAUGCGUUCAGUAGUUUUAGCUCCUCAUCCUCUGCCUCCGAGAGCAGCAGCUCCAGUAGCUCUAGUGAGGCCAAUUACAGUAGCUUUAAUGUGAAGAAUGGCUUAUUUGAGCAGCCCUCCCCCACCCCUACAGUCUCCCGCUCUUACCCUCCCCCACUUUAUCCCGGAGCAUCAGGGGCGACUGACAACCAGUACAAGUCGGCACAAGAUGUGUGGACGUCGCAGUACCUCCAGAACAUCACAAACCAGCUCUACAAUUCCUUCUCCAAUUCCUCCAGCUCCAGCAACGACUAUAGUUACCUCGGCAAUACCAAUAACAACGACAACUUCGUCAACUUUCCCUUCGUACUUAUCCCCAUCAACACCUUCAGGGACCUUCAGAAGUCUGGCGCCAUCGAUGACGAUGUACAGAGUUAUGGGGCCUUCGUGCAACCCCAACAAGCUCAACAGCAAAUAUCUCGUUACCUGAAUGAACAGCAGCAGCAACAACAGUAUCAACAACAGCAGCAGCAGCAACAACAAUAUCAACAAGAGCAGCAGCAGCAACAACAAUAUCAACAACAGCAGCAGCAGCAAGCUUUUACGGCAUUCAACUCAUCAAAAAGUUCUUCGGAGGAAGCAGCAUACAACUCACAAGCCAGCAACUUGUAUAACUAUCAGAACGGUGGUCUGGGGCAGCAAGGGUACCCGGGGAACCAACAAGCUGCACAACAGAGUUACCAGAGUCAACAGUCCUCCCAAUCCUCAAAGAAGAGCAGCAGCAGUUCAAGUAGCAGCGGUUCCAGUUUCUCUUCCUUUGGUAACCUGGGAGGCUCAGUGCCAAUUCCUUCUACCACCUACAACGCUCCUGCGAGUCAGUCUAGGGUUCCAAACACUAAUUAUGGCCCACCAAAACCAGCACAGCCUACAUAUAGCCCACCCAGACCCACUCAGCCUGCAUACAGCCCACCCAGACCCACUCAGCCUGCAUACAGCCCACCCAGACCCACUCAGCCUGCAUACAGCCCACCCAGACCCACUCAGCCUGCAUACAGCCCACCCAGACCCACUCAGCCUGCAUACAGCCCACCCAGACCCACUCAGCCUGCAUACAGCCCACCCAGACCCACUCAGCCAGCUUACAGCCCACCCAGAACCACUCAACCCUCUUACAGACCACCGAGACCCACAUAUAACCCACCUAAGCCUCCUCCACCUAGCCCUUACCCAUCACCAAGCUCAUACCCAUCUCCUACCCCAUACCCAUCUCCUAGUCCAUACCCAUCAAACGUAGGCAACUCUGUGUCCUACUCCUCCCAAAACUCUCAGUCAGCAGAACAAUCCAAAUCUUCUCAACAAAAGGACUCGUCCUCCAGCAGUGCCAGCUACAAUAACGGUGGAGCGUCACUGAGUUAUCAGUCGUCUUCCUCUAAGGCCGCUAACGAAGCAAAGAAAGCUCAGUCGUCGUCCUCUUCCAAAUAUAUUGUAAAUAAUGGAGGAAACAGAGGCUCGGCUCAGCAGUACGCAUCAAGUUCUAAGGCCUCAUCAGCAUCGUCUGCUGCUUCAUCCUCGCAAAAAUCUUUCAGCAGCUUCAGUGGCGCCGGAGGUUUUGGCUCAGGUGGUAUCAGCUACUCGUCUCAAAACCCUUAUCCCUCGCCCAGCCCUUAUCCAUCUCCAAACCCCUACCCAACCUCAAGUCCUUACCCAUCUCCUACCCCAUACACAUCUCCUAGCCCUUACCCAUCUCCUAGCCCUUACCCAUCUCCUAGCCCUUACCCAUCUCCUAGCCCUUACCCAUCUUCUAGCCCUUACCCCUCCCCUAGACCUUACCUAUCUCCUAAACCUAAUCCGUCUCCUAGCCCUUACCCAUCUCCUAGCCCAUACCCAUCUCCUACCCAUUACCCAUCUCCUAGCCCAUACCCAUCUCCUACCCAUUACCCAUCUCCUAGCCCAUACCCAUCUCCUACCCAAUACCCAUCUCCUACCCAGUACCCAUCUCCUACCCCAUACCCAUCUCCUAGUCCAUACCCAUCAAACGUAGGCAACUCUGUGUCCUACUCCUCCCAAAACUCUCAGUCAGCAGAACAAUCCAAAUCCUCUCAACAAAAGGACUCGUCCUCCAGCAGUGCCAGCUACAAUAACGGUGGAGCGUCACUGAGUUAUCAGUCGUCUUCCUCUAAGGCCGCUAACGAAGCAAAGAAAGCUCAGUCGUCGUCCUCUUCUAAAUAUAUCGUAAAUAAUGGAGGAAACAGAGGCUCGGCUCAGCAGUACGCAUCAAGUUCUAAGGCAUCAUCAGCAUCGUCUGCUGCUUCAUCCUCGCAAAAAUCUUUCAGCAGCUUCAGUGGCGCCGGAGGCUUUGGCUCAGGUGGUAUCAGCUACUCGUCUCCAAGCCCUUAUCCAUCUCCGAACCCUUACCCAACCUCAAGCCCUUACCCAUCUCCACGCCCGUAUCAUUUGCCUAGCACUUACCCAUCACCUAAAACCACUCCAAGGCCAUACUCCUCACCUAGCCCAUAUCAAUCUUCUAGCACUUACCCUUCACCAAGCCCCUACCCUGCUCCUAGCCCUUACCCAUCUCCUAACCCUUACCCAUCUAGCACAUACCCAUCUCCUAGCCCUUACCCAUCUCCUAACCCUUACCCAUCUCCUAACCCUUAUCCAUCUCCUAGCCCAUACCCAUCUCCUAGCCCAUACCCAUCAAAUUCAGGCAACUCUGUGUCCUACUCCUCCCAAAACUCUCAGUCAGCAGAACAGUCCAAAUCUUCUCAACAAAAGGACUCGUCCUCCAGCAGUGCCAGCUACAAUAACGGUGGAGCGUCACUGAGUUAUCAGUCGUCUUCCUCUAAGGCCGCUAACGAAGCAAAGAAAGCUCAGUCGUCGUCCUCUUCUAAAUAUAUUGUAAAUAAUGGAGGAAACAGAGGCUCGGCUCAGCAGUACGCAUCAAGUUCUAAGGCCUCAUCAGCAUCGUCUGCUGCUUCAUCCUCGCAAAAAUCUUUCAGCAGCUUCAGUGGCGCCGGAGGUUUUGGCUCAGGUGGUAUCAGCUACUCGUCUCCAAGCCCUUAUCCCGCGCCCAGCCCUUAUCCAUCUCCGAACUCCUACCCAACCUCAAGUCCUUACCCAUCUCCAACCCCAUACCCAUCUCCUAGCCCUUAUCCAUCUCCCAGCCCUUACCCAUCACCUAGCCCUUACCCCUCCCCUAAACCUUUCCAAUCUCCUAGACCUAAACCAUCUCCUAGCCCUAACACAUCUCCUAGGCCAUACCCAUCUCCUAACUCUUACCCAUCUCCUAACCCUUAUUAUCCGUCUCCUAGCCCAUAUCCAUCAAAUGCAGGCAACUCUGUGUCCUACUCCUCCCAAAACUCUCAGUCAGCAGAACAAUCCAAAUCUUCUCAACAAAAGGACUUGUCCUCCAGCAGUGCCAGCUACAAUAACGGUGGAGCGUCACUGAGUUAUCAGUCGUCUUCCUCUAAGGCCGCUAACGAAGCAAAGAAAGCUCAGUCGUCGUCCUCUUCCAAAUAUAUCGUAAAUAAUGGAGGAAACAGAGGCUCGGCUCAGCACUUCGCAUCAAGUUCUAAGGCAUCAUCAGCAUCGUCUGCUGCUUCAUCCUCGCAAAAAUCUUUCAGCAGCUUCAGUGGCGCCGGAGGCUUUGGCUCAGGUGGUAUCAGCUACUCCCAGGGUGGAUUUCCCUUAACGGUGUCGCCGGAUGCCAUACCCUUCUCAUCAACAGUUUCAUCUGUUUAUGUUCCUCCACCCACCCCUGGCAUAUAUAAUAACGUUGUUUCAAAUAACUUCAAGCCUCAGCCUUCCUAUAAUGAGGGUUUCGAUUCAAAUGAGUUUGAUGGCGGCUUCUCGCCGCCCGCAGCAGAACCAACUGCCAACAUGGCCGGGUGGAUCCCUCUAGACAACAACUAUCAACCUUUGUCCUCUUCUCAGUUGUCCUUCUCUAAGUCUCAGCCACAGACUUAUCAAAGCAGUAAUGGCGACAACUCAAACGGAGCUAGCUUUUCUUACUCAUCAAGCAAGAACUCUCAAGACCAUAGUAGUUCCCAGCAGAGUGAGCAGUUUAGUUCAUCGUGGAGUAGCUCGGCACCUCAACAGACCUACAUCCCAGGUGGUAUCCAGUAUUAAGGCAAUAAAGACCACAAUGACAGCCAACCUGGACCGCACACCACCCUCGAGAACCGACAUAAUGCUCACGAUAUUCAUGCAACAGUUUUAACGUUCUUGCUCACUCAUACCAAGCGCACUUGCUCAGUGUUUGUGUGCAGCUUCGGUUUUUGGCCUAUGAAACUAUAUGCAUUUAUAAUGAUUAAUAUAUAUUAUUUAAUUUCUAGGAAUCAAAUAACAGAUGUUUAAUGUAUAAUUUAUAAUAAAUAUUUUAUUGCUUGAUGAUUGCCUGUUUUGCACUAGAAUGAAGCUUUUAUACAGCAGACAGUUACCAAGCCUGGUUCACAACACGGUAACUUGCUGCAGUGGUAACUUGCCUUAAAUGCUGUACAGCGAAAGGCUUACAAGGUAGACGCAAUUAACAAGCCUAGCAUCCAAUGCAGGGGUGGAUAAUGGUACCUAGCCUCAACACUGUGCAACACUCAUAAACCAUUGCCCUCACAACGUAUGUUAACACAACUGGUCUCUGAAGUCAUUCAUUUUCCGCUUGUAAAUACACUGCUUUGAGAUACGUGUAAUCCUAUGUUGAUCUUUGUUUCAGUUCUAUUUUCAAACUGUACAUUUAGGUUGUACUAUGUAGUAGGUGAUGCUGCAGGUUUGUGUCCUAGUCAACUUUACUGCUUAGUCUGAAAAUUGUAUUUUAAGAUUUUAAUAAAUGUAGAUGAAUCUA